AUGCGCGUCAUCGCUGCCCUUGGCUUCGCCGCCCUGACCGGUCUGGUCUCGGCCCACCCCCACGGCCACGCUCACCACCACGAGAAGCGUGACAUUGUUGUCGACGUCGUCACCGAGAUCGAGUGGGUCACCAUCCACCCCGAGGCCGCUGUCGCCGAGGCUACCACCACUGCCGCCGCCGCUACCUCCACCGAGGCUGCCGUCGUGGUCCCCACCUCCACUAGCGAGGCCUCCAUCGUCCAGCUCGCCGUCCAGGUCCCCUCCACCAGCUCGGCCGCUACUGUCCAGCCUACCCCCAUCGCCAGCUCCACCUGGACCACCUCUUCUUCCGUCGUCGCCAGCUCCACCUCCGACGUUGUCGAGACCGCCACUGCUACCGGCGGCUCCGGUGUCAAGGUCGUCAACAACCUUUCCGAGACCGUCUACCUCUGGACCACCUCCAACGUCAGCGAGGACAUGGUUACCAUCGAGUCCGGUGACCACUACUACGAGGACUGGCAGAUCAACUCCGACGGCGGUGGUAUUUCCGUUAAGAUGUCCACUUCCACCGAUGAGUCUUCCGUCCUGCAGUUCGAGUACACCAAGGAGGACGAGACUAUCUGGUGGGAUAUGUCUUCCAUCAACCUGGAGAAGACUUCCCUGUUUGUCCAAUACGGUUUCGCUGUUACCUCCAACGAUGCCUCGUGCACUACUGUCACCUGUGAUGCUGGUGAUGCCGACUGCUCUGAGUCAUACCAGAUGCCCGAUGAUGUCGAUACUCUCAGCUGCGCUUCCAGCGCUGCUUUCAUCUUGGAUCUUGGUAUUUAA